UAGCAUGCCAACCCUUUCUUCUGCAUAAAAUACAACGUCGUCUCAAUCACCCAACCAACCAACCAUAGCUUGCACCAAAUUUUAGACUCUCUCUCUCUCUCUCUCACACACACACACACUUUCCACCGCCUCAAAACCCCAAUUCCAAAACCGCUGGGUUUGCUUCUGCUUUAGCUCAUUACUAUAUAUUAAAAUACUCGUUCCGCAAACUCACGCGGCCUCGUCGGUUCCAUCAAUCGUUCUUGCGAAGUCGUCAUCGAGUUUGGACGCACGUGACGGAUUUUAGCGGAGUCGGUCAUCGAAUCCGCGACUCUCGCGAGUAGAGUGUAAUAGAAGAAAAGAAAUUACUAAACUCCAUGGCGGUUACUACUGUUGUUAGUCACUGAUUUGUUUCUUAUAAGGCGCUAGUAUUUCGCGUUUCACGACGGCGACCAAGAGUGGUGGUUUGCACGUGAGAGCUUGCAUCGCCAUCGUGUGUAGGUUCGUGAACUUGAGAUCACGGUUUUUGAGUGAGCCAUAAAAAAUAAUGCCUCACAGGGCCACUUACUUUUUCCCGAGGCAGUUCCCGGAGAGAGGGUUGGAUGAAUCUUCUAAGCAGAGAUUGGAUCGCGAGAAGAACAAAAUCGUCAACUUCAACUCCAUCAAAUCAUCAGAUACCUUUGCCUUUGAAAGCGACGCGCCGAAAAAGCCAACGCCGCAAACUCCCGCCAAGGACGACGUCGUUUUCUCCUCCGCCAAGGAAUCCGCGGUUUCCGACCUCUUCACCGGCGCUGACAAGUUCCGAACCAAGCAGAAACAAAUCGCCGCUUUCUGCGAUUGGUUGAUCGAUAAGAAGAAGGAUCGGAACCGGCCGAGUCAACACAAUUUCAAAUCCUAUGUCAACGAGGACGAGGAGGAGGAUGACGACCGCGAGCUUCUGCUUCCGCUUCCGCCGCCGCCGCAGGCGGCGGAGGCGGCGUCGGAGGUGAAGGAUGCCUUCGACCGGAACUUCGACCGGCAGGUUUCGCUGCCGCGGUUGUCCAGCGGGAGCAGCUACGCCGGAAGCCUGUUCACGCUGGACGGCACCGCCACAUUUUCAAGUGACGUCACCAAGGACGAAACGUCGUCGUUUCAGGUCUUCACUGAAGACGCGACGAAGAAGCAUGAACAAGAAGAAGAAGAAGAAAAAGAAAAACGCAGCACCGCGCAGAAGUACAAAGAGAGCUACUACCUGCAACUCGCGUUGGCGGAGAGGCUCUCUUGCUUGGCAAGCCUCGCCUCCGAACCUGUCAUCACACUCGACGCUGGCCCCGAAACGUGGGACGCUGAAUCCGUUUCUUAUCGUCUAUGGGUGAGUGGGUGCUUGUCGUACACGGACAAGAUAUCGGACGGUUUCUACAACAUAUUGGGGAUGAAUCCGUAUCUGUGGGUGAUGUGCAACGACGUGGAGGAAGAAGGGAAGCGGUUACCGACUCUGAUGGCACUUAAGGCGGUUGAACCUAGCGAGACUUCCAUAGAGGUAGUUCUUUUCGAUAGACAUGAGGACUCUCGGCUUAAGGAGCUUCAAGAUAAAGCUCAAGAGUUGUAUUCUGCUUCGGAGAACGCGUUGGUGCUGGUGGAGAAGCUCGGAAAACUCGUUGCCAUAUGCAUGGGGGGUACGUUCCCGGUGGAGCAAGGAGAUCUACACAAGCGGUGGAAGCUGGUUAGCAAGAGGUUGAGGAACUUUCACCAAUGUGUUGUGCUUCCCGUGGGUAGCUUGUCUAGUGGACUCUGUAGGCAUCGCGCGAUUCUCUUCAAGAGAUUAGCGGAUUACAUAGGUUUGCCAUGUCGCAUUGCUCGAGGUUGCAGGUACUGUGUUUCAGAUCAUAGAUCGUCUUGCCUUGUCAAGAUUAAAGAUGAUAGACAGCUCUCAAGGGAAUAUGUAGUUGACCUGGUUGGGGAACCAGGAAAUGUCCAUGGGCCGGAUUCCUCAAUUAAUGGAGCCUACGUGUCUUCAAUACCUUCCCCACUUCAGAUUUCUCAUUUGAAAGAAAACCGAUCACCAUAUGUGGAUGUUGCAGCAUGUUCUCAAUCUCUUGGUAACACAUAUUCAGGCUGUGUACAGGAAGAUCAACAAGUUGAAGAAACUGAUUUGCUGAAAAAAAAUAAUGGCUCUAUUUAUGCUGCAAUAGAUCAAACUUGUGGAGGUACAGAACCACCUCUAAUUCCUUUUGGCUUGAAAGGGAAUGACAAGGAAUGUGCAAUUCUAGGUUUAUUAAAUUUUCCUCCCAUCAAUGAAGGUGUCUCUGAAGAUCUUCACCCAUCUAAAGCAUCAUUACAGGAAUACCCCAGGCUCAGUAAAGAUUCAGUUGUAGUACUAGAAGCUUCCUACAAAGAGAUCAUUGUAAAGGGGAGUUCUGGGGUAAAAAGUAACUAUAAGCAAUCUAUACUGAGCUCAUCUAGCAAAUCAGAGCAGGAAGAAGGAAAAAAUAAACUUGAAAAUCAGGGUGCUGGGAAUAUUCCAAGAUACUUGAAUCUUGAACCAUCACUUGCAAUGGACUGGCUUGAGAUAUCAUGGGAUGAUUUACGAAUCAAAGAGCGUAUUGGUGCUGGAUCAUUUGGGACAGUGUAUCGUGCUGAAUGGCAUGGAUCAGAUGUCGCUGUCAAAGUUUUAACAGUUCAGGAUUUCCAUGAUGACCAGUUGAAAGAGUUUCUGAGAGAGGUUGCAAUAAUGAAACGAGUUCGUCAUCCAAAUGUGGUGCUCUUCAUGGGUGCAGUUACUAAACGUCCUCAUCUAUCUAUAGUAACAGAAUAUUUGCCUAGAGGAAGUUUAUUCCGCUUAAUACAUAAGCCAGCAUCUGGUGAGAUUCUAGAUCCAAGGAGAAGAUUACGGAUGACUUUAGACGUGGCUAAAGGGAUCAAUUAUCUCCAUUGUUUGAAGCCUCCAAUUGUGCACUGGGAUCUCAAAACCCCAAAUCUGUUAGUGGACAAAAAUUGGACUGUAAAGGUGUGUGAUUUUGGAUUGUCCCGAUUUAAGGCGAACACUUUCUUAUCAUCAAAAUCUGUUGCUGGAACACCUGAGUGGAUGGCUCCAGAAUUUCUUCGUGGAGAACCUUCAAAUGAGAAGUCUGAUGUUUACAGUUUUGGAGUUAUCCUGUGGGAACUUGUGACCCUGCAACAACCGUGGCAUGGACUUAGUCAUGCCCAGGUGGUAGGAGCUGUCGCUUUCCAGAAUAGGAGGCUUGCUGUUCCUCCAAACAUCUCCCCGGCAUUGGCCUCCCUCGUGGAAUCUUGUUGGGCCGAUAACCCUGCUGAUCGCCCAUCUUUUGGUAGCAUAGUUGAAUCGCUAAAGAAGCUACUGAAGUCACCAGCAGAUGCGAUACGAAUGGGUGGGAAAUAACGAGACGCUGCCCUUGAUUUGGGUUUUUUGUUGCUGAAAUUUAUUAACCUGACCCUGGUUGGUCAUAUACAUAUACUCCUAUUGAUGGCAUGGUAGUUGCAAAUGUAUAUCGAUCGGUUGAUUCAUUUCAUGCUAUUGCUAACCCAUCUCGUAAGGGCACUUAAAGCAAUCAAUUCUCUAGUAACUUAGAAGAGGUGCUGCCUGGACUCUGCUAAAAUGACGACCUCAAGCUCUUUUAUCAAUAGCUUUGAGAUCUAUAAAAUAUUUUGUGACUUGCUGCCUCCAAGCUAUAACUAUUUGGAGUUUCCUAUUGUUUUAAGAUUGUAAAUAUGUAAUAAUCAUUUUGACAAUAUGUAUCUCAUCGUCUAGAACCCUGUUCUUACUUCUUA